AUGUCGCUGGCACUUCAAGUACUCCUGGGGUUGUUAUCUCUCCCUUUGCAGUUUUUACUCUUUGUUGCUGUUCGUGUCAUAAGACAGUACGUCAGACAGGCCUCUUUGCACGAUAUUCCUGGUCCGAAACGAGAUUCGUUGAUAUCUGGUAAUAUCAAGACACUUUUUGGAUUGAACUCAUGGCAGUUCCACAGUCGAAUCGCGAAGACGUACGGAAAGGUUGUCAAGAUAUGGGGCUUGUUUUGGGACACACAGUUGUAUGUCUGGGACACGAAGGCUCUAUACCAUAUCCUCAUCAAGGAUCAGUAUAUAUUCGAGGAGAGCGAGGUAUUCCUUAAGUCCAAUGCAGCAAUCUUUGGACUGGGGUUGCUGAGUACGUUAGGAGAGCAUCAUCGUCGCCAGAGGAAGCUCCUCAACACUGUUUUCUCGAUCAAGCAUAUGCGUUACAUGCUUCCAACCUUUUACAAGAUCUCUGAUCAGUUAGUAGAUGUACUGCAGGACAAACUCGCCAGUAGGUCAGCUGAAAUUGACGUCCUUGAGUGGAAUACUCGGGUCGCACUCGAACUCAUUGGCCAAGGUGGCCUAGGAUAUUCGUUCAACAGUCUCGACGAAAACUCUGAGAACCGAUAUAGCUCUGCUCUGAAAAACCUCAUACCUACCACGACCAAACUGAACGUCUUCCGUCAGCUGUUCCCCUGGGUAUCUGACUUGGGCACGACGACCAUGCGUCGUUGGGUCGCUCGUAACAUUCCCUGGCCGGACUUCAAUCGCCUAGCAUACCUGACAGAUAUUAUCGAUGAAACGUCGAGGGAAAUAUUGGGCUCAAAGAUGGCGGCGCUCGAAAAAGGUGACGAUGCGGUCGUACAUCAGGUCGGAGAGGGUCGAGAUAUUUUGAGUGUACUACUAAAAGCAAACAUGGAGGCUUCGGAGCAGGAUCGCUUGCCCGAGGAGGAGAUAUUGGGCCAGAUUUCAACACUCACCUUCGCAGCAAUGGAUACAACAUCUUCCGCUCUAUCUCGGAUUUUACAUCUCCUGUCGCAGAGGCAAGAACUUCAAGAACGUCUUCGUGCGGAGUUGGUAGAUGCCCGCAAGGCAGCUGAUGGUAAUCUCGACUAUGAACAUCUCAUGGGGCUACCGUUCCUUGAGGCCGUCUGUCGUGAGACUCUUCGUUUGUAUCCCCCUAUUGCGCAGAUACCACGAACGACUCGCAAAGACGUCAUCCUUCCCCUCGGCUCCCCGAUCACUAUCAAGGGAAAUCUAGUCUCGGAACUCUUCAUACCCAAAAACACGAACAUAAUCGUCUCCAUUUUAGCAGUCAACAGAGAUGUAGAUAUAUGGGGCCCUGAUGCAGGCGAAUGGAAGCCUGAGAGAUGGCUCGCACCGCUACCGGAGAAUGUCAUAAACGCUGGAAUUCCUGGGGUGUAUGCGAAUACUUUGACAUUCUUAGGAGGUGGAAGAGCUUGCAUUGGAUUCAAGUUCUCAGAGUUGGAAAUGAAGGUCGUCCUUUCGUGCCUUAUCAUGAAUUUUAAGUACUCACCAUCGGAGAAAGAGACCCACAUCGAAUGGAAAUCGAGCAGUAUUGCCGCUCCGUUCCUGGAUGGUCGGCCUUCCUUGCCAUUGAUUGUCUCGGCUAUGUGA